AUGUGUGCAGAUAAGAUUUUUGUUGAAUUGAAUAGAAGUAUGAGACAUAUAGGAAACAAUUAUGGUUUGAAUAAGAAGCAAAGAGAGGAAAUUAAAAAGUUGGUUGCUGAGGCAAAAAAGUUGCGAGCAGAAAGGGGGAACUCAUUAUCGGGUAAAUACUCCAACAGACAUGAUAAUAAUAGAGAGUAUGCAGCCAUUGUUUGGUCACCAUGGAAGAAGGAAAGUGAAGAGUUGGAGCGAGUACAGAAGCAUGUUACUAAGAUUGUGCGUGAAUGCUACACCAACCGCUUGAAGUUGUUGAAACUGCCUUUUAGAUAUAGAAAAACAAGGGGAGAUUUGUUAAUGCUCUACAAUAUCGCCACUGGUCGUGUAGACAGAAAAUCGUGUAGCCAGAAGUUGAUUUUAAUGUUGAAUCUCGAACCAGAGGACAUCGUUUCAAGAUACAUGUGA